UUGACAGCAUCUAUACAACACAACACAUCGGAGAACAUACGUAGAUACACACCUGUGCUGUGCUCCACGCCUUUUUCUGGACUAGUACCGGCCUUUGGAGAUGUCUUCUCGGGAGACCACGAAGGAUUUGGGCUCCAGUUCGUCCGAGGAGGAAAGAGGUUCUCCUCCGGUGGCGCAGCGACAUCAUCAUCCAUUCAGCGUGGAGGCGAUCAUGUCCGGAAGGAAGACGGUGGUCCGCCGCGGGGGAGAAGUCGGCUCGGUGGUGGCGUCACCCACGGGAUUUUGUUCGGUUUACGGUCGGAAGAGCUUCUUGGCCGCGCCGUCAUCCCCGGUCAAGUCGGAAACAUCCGAGACGGAGGAGUGGGUCACCGGCAGCAUGCCUUCCUCUCAACCCCGUCGUGUCAGUCCUGCCUGUCAAUUGAGGAAACACAAGACCAACCGCAAGCCCCGCACACCCUUCACCACAUCCCAGCUCCUGGCCCUCGAGAGAAAGUUCCAUCAGAAGCAGUACCUGUCCAUCGCAGAGCGGGCAGAGUUCUCCUCCGCCCUGACCCUCACUGAGACGCAGGUGAAGAUCUGGUUCCAGAACCGCCGAGCGAAAGCUAAGAGGCUCCAGGAGGCCGAGAUGGAGAAACUGAAGAUGGCCGCUGAUGCCAAGACGGCGGCGGUGACCGCCGGAGCAUUGAUGCAACCGGGUCUACGGUUGCCGCUGACACUUGGCGCCAUGUACGGACAGUCCUUCUCUGCAUACCACCACAGACCCAUGAUGCCUUUUGCACCUUUAGGACUAUAUGCUACUCCUCUGGGCUUUGGCAUGUACCACUUAUCAUAGAAACAGGAUUAUCACUGACUUUGAGUCUCUCGAAGCUUCCAUGAGGAUGCUCAAAUGAGACAUUCAGGAUGCUGGACUGACUUAAAAAUGUUAAUAGCUGCACAAGAGGAUGUUUCUAUAACCACAUGGUGAGGAUUAUAAAACUCUUCUCUUCCUAUUCUCAUGUUUACUUCUGCAAUAAUGCAGCUGGGCACUUGAUAGCCAAAAAUGCCUUAUGUCCCGAAGAGCCUUAACAUAAAGCAGGGUUUCCCAACCUUUUUCAGCUCAAAUUAGAAAUGUCAUUCCUCCUCAGGUACCCAAAUAUAUCAUGCAUUGCCAUAAUAGUGACAAACACUGCACAUAAACUAACAAUAAAGAAAAUGGAGGACAUUUGUGUAGUUUAACAACAAACAUAAAUAAAACUCAAACUGCACAUGCUUCAAAACUGAUCCUAAUGAUGGGAAUCCCUGACAUAAAGAGUGAAGUGUGAAUGCUUCAUAAAAUACCGUAUUGACCCCAAUAUAAGACUAUUUUUAGUCUAAGAAAAAGACUGCUCGUCACGUGAUAGAAACUCUUCUUUCAGCCAAUCACUGUUCACCAAGGAUGUGAAUGGCAAUGGCUUCAGGGUGAAAGGAAAGGCGGAAGCAAACCACGGAGGAGGAGCAAUGAUGCUAAUUUUAAGACGAUGGUGAUCAACGAAACAGUCCAUCCGUCCAUUUUCUAUGCCGCUUCUCCUCAUUAGGGUCACGGGGGUAUGCUGGAGCCUAUCCCAGCUGACUUCGGGCGACAGGCGGGGUACACCCUGGACUGGUCGCCAGCCAAUCGCAAGGCACAUACAGUAUAGACAAACAACCAUUCACACUCACAUUCAUACAAUUUUUAGAGUCGCCAAUUAACCUAACAUGCAUGUUUUUGGAAUGUGGGAGGAAACCGGAGUACCCGGAGAAAACAUGCAAACCCGGGAGAACAUGCAAACUCCACACAGAAAUGCCCGACGGAGAUUCGAACCCAGGUCUUCCCGAUCUCCUGACUGUGGCCAACAUGCUAACCACUAGACCACCGUGCGGCCCCAAUGAAAAGUCAUCCUGAAAAGAAAACAAAGAUUGUCUGACUUUUCCGUCUUGAUUUUGUCAAAAACGUGUCUUGAAAAAGAGGGGUCAUCUUAUAUUCAUAUUCACGUCGGUGUGGUACAUACUGUUCUACUCAUUAUUUAACCCAAUCAAAGCUUUACAUGACCUGUAAUUCUGCCAAUAAACCUAUUUAUUAUCUGUCAAAUGCGACUAGGGGGAUGUACGAGUGCCUUGCUGAUAUAUUUAUGAUUAUUUGUGAGAAUACGGUGCAAAGGUCCAAAGUUACGGUUCAUGAACGUCCCUCUGUGCUAUGCCGUUUAUACUGUACGUAUAUAUCCAUAUGAAUUAUUUUUCCUCAAAUAUUUUAUUGAAAUGAAUGAAAUAAAGCCUAAGUGACUUUCUCU